CGUAGACAACCUGACCAAAAAGAAACUUACGGUGUGAUUCGGGUUGCGUGUAUCUACUACAAUCUCAAUUAAAGGUCAACGGAUAUUUUGUGAUUAUGAAUGAUUUAAAAAAAUGCAGAUUGUAUUUUAUUUGUAGACAUCAGGUGAUGAUCAGUGAUAUUACGGUCUAGCCAACCUCUAUCAUCUUAUGGAAUUUGCUUUAACAGUACUCCACCUUCCAAAUCUAUGUUCUUUCCCAAUGGCAGCUAACAACUUGUCUCCCUCAGAGUUAAAAGACAUAGCAUUCACAAACCCUUCUACAGGAAUCUCCAUCACUAAACUUGAGGUUUUAAAGUUGUUUUCCAACUUCCAGAGCCUUAUAGAGCCAUUCUGA